AUGGUUCAUGUUCUAUCACCUUGUGAACAUUUUGCCAAACUCCGUCUCACUCAGUCUGAUGCAGAGAAACUGGUCCAUUCCUUUAUCUCCUCAAGGCUGGACGACUACAGCACAGUCUUCACCUGGAUCCCUGGCAGGAGUCUCCAGGACUACAACACAGUGUUCACCUGGAUCCCUGGCAGGAGUCUCCAGGACUACAACACAGUCUUCACCUGGAUCCCUGGCAGGAGUCUCCAGGACUACAACACAGUGUUCACCUGGAUCCCUGGGAGGAGUCUCCAGGACUACAACACAGUCUUCACCUGGAUCCCUGGCAGGAGUCUCCAGGACUACAACACAGUCUUCACAUGGAUCCCUGGCAGGAGUCUCCAGGACUACAACACAGUCUUCACCUGGAUCCCUGGCAGGAGUCUCCAGGACUACAACACAGUCUUCACCUGGAUCCCUGGCAGGAGUCUCCAGGACUACAACACAGUCUUCACCUGGAUCCCUGGCAGGAGUCUCCAGGACUACAACACAGUCUUCACCUGGAUCCCUGGCAGGAGUCUCCAGGACUACAACACAGUCUUCACCUGGAUCCCUGGCAGGAGUCUCCAGGACUACAACACAGACUUCACCUGGAUCCCUGGCAGGAGUCUCCAGGACUACAGCACAGUCUUCACCUGGAUCCCUGGCAGGAGUCUCCAGGACUACAACACAGUCUUCACCUGGAUCCCUGGCAGGAGUCUCCAGGACUAUAACACAGUCUUCACCUGGAUCCCUGGCAGGAGUCUCCAGGACUACAACACAGUCUUCACCUGGAUCCCUGGCAGGAGUCUCCAGGACUACAACACAGUCUUCACCUGGAUCCCUGGCAGGAGUCUCCAGGACUACAACACAGUCUCCCCCUUGGAUCCCUGGCAGGAGUCUCCAGGACUACAACACAGUCUUCACCUGGAUCCCUGGCAGGAGUCUCCAGGACUACAACACAGUCUUCACCUGGAUCCCUGGCAGGAGUCUCCAGGACUACAACACAGUCUUCACCUGAAUCCCUGGCAGGAGUCUCCAGGACUACAACACAGUCUUCACCUGGAUCCCUGGCAGGAGUCUCCAGGACUACAACACAGUCUUCACCUGGAUCCCUGGCAGGAGUCUCCAGGACUACAACACAGUCUUCACCUGAAUCCCUGGCAGGAGUCUCCAGGACUACAACACAGUCUUCACCUGGAUCCCUGGCAGGAGUCUCCAGGACUACAACACAGUCUUCACCUGGAUCCCUGGCAGGAGUCUCCAGGACUACAACACAGUCUUCACCUGGAUCCCUGGCAGGAGUCUCCAGGACUACAACACAGUCUUCACCUGAAUCCCUGGCAGGAGUCUCCAGGACUACAACACAGUCUUCACCUGGAUCCCUGGCAGGAGUCUCCAGGACUACAACACAGUCUUCACCUGAAUCCCUGGCAGGAGUCUCCAGGACUACAACACAGUCUUCACCUGGAUCCCUGGCAGGAGUCUCCAGGACUACAACACAGUCUUCACCUGGAUCCCUGGCAGGAGUCUCCAGGACUACAACACAGUCUUCACCUGAAUCCCUGGCAGGAGUCUCCAGAAGCUCCAGUACAUCCAGAACAGUACUGCCAGGAUCCUGAUGAGAGUCGGGAAACACCAUCACUUCAACCCCAUCCUGGCAUCUCUGCACUGGCUCCCAGUCUCAUAACCCUCCUGAUGACCUUACAGUGUGGUCAUGGCAAUGACCCUGCUUAUCUCAAAGAACAGAGAGACAGACAGAGAAAGAGACAGGAAGAGACAGGGAGAAACAGAGAGAGGCAGAGAGAGAGACGCUACGAAAGGUUUGCGUUGCUCAACGACCCCCUGCCUCGACGAUCACUGUGACAAAAGUCAAACAAGAUGGAGGCGUUCUGAUCACAUCUCACCUCUAGUGCUGGAUGCUAACAUGGAAGGUCAAAGUGACUGGGGUUGAUGGAUCGGCUGACUAGCGGUAGCAUGUAGCGGGAUCCAGUCAAACCCCUCUGUGUUUCUGUAACUGUGACACAGAUGUGAUGGCUGUGACACGGUCUCCAGGUUCCCAGAUUUCUUUGCUUGGUCAAAUCCUCUCUGGUCACUAGUUGGCAUGACAAUGACCGUAGGGUUUGGUGAUACAACACAAACUGAUCUGGGACCAGGCUAGUUGGCAUGACAACGACCGUAGGGUUUGGUGAUACAACACAAACUGAUCUGGGACCAGGCUAUCUCUGCUUUAGAUCGGGUUUAGAUCAGAGGGGUGUGUGUGAAUGGGACCAGGCCUUUUCACUUCAGGUUACCCAGGCACCCCUCCUGCGUGUGUAUGUGAAGCAGGUUGGCGGCGUAGAGGAGAGGAGCGAUGUGCUCUGCUUUCUGCCCGUUGCUA